CACGGAAUGGUUUGGGAACCUUAAAGUAGCAGCGUUUUUCAUUUUGAUUAAAUAUCCGCAGUGAUUUGAAAAUUAAUUAAUGUUGAGGGAAUGGUGUAUAUUCUAAUUUAGUAAGUAAAUAUUAAUCUCUGGCAGUUAACCAAUAUUUAACACUUCUCAUUAGCUGUUUUGCGGCUCUGAGCCAUGUGAAUUGUUGUCGCCAUUUGGGAAAAUGCAUAAAGAAAUUGGUUUGAUUUGUUUUGAUUUAUUUAUCUCUUAACACAUCACUGUUUCCUGUCUUGGUCUUUGAGGUUUUACGAUUGUUGACAAAGACAGAAAGACAGCAGCAAAUACUGUGGAUACAGACUGUCUCACUGUGAGCCAAGGACUGAGACAGUCACUCAUAAAUCUUCACUCUCACUGCCUCAGGGAAGAAUGUUUUCUUUUUCUUUUUUCUUUUUGCAGUGUAUACAAAGUAUCACUCAUAAAUCUCACUUUCUCAUUACAGAAGAAAAUGGGCUCAGAUCUCUUCUCUCCUGAACCUUUCUGUGAAAGAAAAGUGUAAUGGAAACAUUUCCAAUGGCCAGAUCAACAUGGCGACUGACUCACAGGUUUAACAGACACGGCACACAAGACCACAAAACAACUACGUUCUGGUUUCACUUUUCAGCCCGGAUUGUGCUCAGGGUUACUCAUUCUGAAUUAUCCCAUCAUUUGAGAUCUGUGUAAAAAUAAGGAAAUUAUGCAACCUGUUCAAAGGGUCACAACAAGACAAAGCUCCUUUGUUCGGGGUUUUUCUCUCAAAUCAAAACAAGAGUAACAUGGUGUUUUAUUACAUGGGAGUUAAAGGAAAAUUAUUAAACAAAAUGACUUAAAUAAAGUCUUGUGAGAAUAGCCGCAGGGCACUGCCUCAGUGUAAUCAAAUUUCAGAGGCAUUCGCAGAGUUACCUUGAACACACACAACAAAUUUUUUAUUUAAAUUAACCUCAUAUUCAAACCUAUAGUAAAUUUAGAGUGAAGAAUUCACCUUAUCAUAUUUUUCCUGACUGCAGGAGGAGACAGUGGUACCUGAAGAAAAACCAAUGUGAAAGAUCUGCCAACUGAUGACUACUAACUAUGUUACUCCCAGUAAAUAGAUAGAUAGAUGGAUGGAUGGAUAGAUGGAUGGACGGAUGGAUGGAUCCAUCCUCAACAACCUUAUUUUUUCUGUUGAAUUGGUUUUGUAUUUCAAAGUUGUGAUCACCAAAGCAUUUUUGUGAAAAAGCGAAUGGCAAAAUCUGCUUUUUUGUUAAUUCUUCAAUAUGUUGUGAAAAAAUAUACAUGUGGCAUCUUGGGGUGAGCGAACAUUGACAUUAUGGGUCUUGGAUGUCCAACCGUCCCCAGGUCCGUCAGGACUCUGACAAAUGCUUAUUAAUAGCGACCACUCUGGCUCCAUUCUCUUUCUCUGCUGCCCUCAAACCAGGAGGAGGGUCAAUAAUAACAUCUUUAAGCCUGUAAAAAAAAAACAACCAACAACUUGAUAUUGCAACCUCUCCUCCCUGAGCACUGGAGCAAUUAUUUCCCAGGAGACAAUGGGACUUUCACCUAAGUGCCCCUCUGACAUCUCUUCCCGUAUUACACCCUCCUGUGGAACUCCUGUCUUUGGCAGAAAGAGCCUUCGGCGCUGGCCUCGCUCUGCCGAGGCCUCGCACUGUAACACAAGAGUUUAUUCAAUCUGUAAUUAAUCCUCCGUCUCUCUGUCAUUCUGCCUCGCCCUCUCACUGAGGACAGGGUUUGUUCAAGGUAUAGCCAUGAGCUGAGGCUGCCGAAGUUUUUCUGGUUCAUCGGGAGGAUAGGAUAGGAAUCUACCUGUAUUGACAUACCUCUCAACUCCAUCUCCCUCUCACUUUCUCUCUAAAUCUCUCUCUCUCUCUCUCUCCUCAUACUUUCACUAGUGAACUUCCAGAGGUUUAAAGAGUAUAAAUCUGAUCUUUUCCUCCAGAGAGAUAUCAUCCUAAAGAAUCUGAAAACCACGACGGUUCGCGAAACCGGCCGUGACACCAACCCUGGCUCUCCAGCUUCAGGUGGCCUCGCGGUCCCGUUGGCCUUUGUGCGCACGGCGGUUUGGAGGUGUGCAGCUAAGUGGAACAAUAUCACAUUUAAGACAUCCUUUCGCCAUGGGCGAGCUCAGAAACCAAGGCACGGUGCCCACUCGCUCUGUGCCACCGGCUGUAAUCAGAAGUGUAUCUUAUGUCCCACUCAGACAAGUAACCAUUCAGUCAGGCAAAGAAAGAGUGAUGGAAGGAGGAAAGGAGCGCUGCCAGCUGCCACUGACUGCACCGGCAGAUCUUUUGCAACCUGUAGGAACAGGUUUUUCUUUCUGUAUAUCUUAUUGCUGGGCUAGCCUGGACGAGUGCCAUGUACACAUGCACACACACACACACUCACACACACUCACAUACACCCACACACACAAUGAAUUAGGAUGAUAUUCUGAGCUGCCAAAAUGUGAAACCAGCCCAUCAACCCCGUUCAGUACAUAUUUAGACAGUCAAUCUAAUCGUUGUUUCUCACUGUGACAGUGAAGGAGUAGUGAGCCGCACACGUCCCCGACUGGAACUGGUGCUGGAUGUGCACAGAAGGUCCAGCUCCGGGAAAAGAAAAAAAAUCUGACUGUAGCUACGAAACCUGCAGAGUGAGGAGUUCAGGAGCCCAUCCCGUCGAAGAAUGUCAGACUCGUCUUUAUGCAGCUCCUCGCACACAUGUACCCUUCAGGCCAACCUCAGCACCUGUGAGCCCUGUGGGCCCUCCUUCCAGCAGAUGGCAGAAUCACCGGACACCUUCAGUCCAAGGGCCGCAGCUUUGAACAGGAGAGCGAGCUCCUCUGAGACGAUCAAUCCAGGGUCAGGUUCAGCACCUGGUCGAGGCCUGGUCGACCCAGAUUGUUUCACCCCUUACCGCCGACAGUUCAGAGAUGGAGCUGAAUGUUGUCUUCAACAGUGCCCUCCUUCCUUCGGCUCUCUACAGGACGCGUACAGUCCAGAUGCUAGUUCACUGAGGUGCAGCAGUGACGCUCCGCCGCCAACAUCAACCAUCUGCUGGGACCAGUACACCGGCAGCGUUCAGAGUUCAUGCCUAGAAACACCAACCGUGGCUGUGGAGCCAAACAGCUUCCUGUCUCAGAGUUACCCAUCAUACAACUCUCCAAGCUCUCUGCAACAGGUCUCUUCCAGGCCGUACUCUAAUAACGACCAGGCCAGAAGUACAAAGUACUCUCUGCAGACCAUCUCCACGCAGUCACAUCCAGAGACCAACACUGAGCGCUCUCUACAGGACGCGUACAGUCCAGAUGCUAGUUCACUGAGGUGCAGCAGUGACGCUCCGCCGCCAACAUCAACCAUCUGCUGGGACCAGUACACCGGCAGCGUUCAGAGUUCAUGCCUAGAAACACCAACCGUGGCUGUGGAGCCAAACAGCUUCCUGUCUCAGAGUUACCCAUCAUACAACUCUCCAAGCUCUCUGCAACAGGUCUCUUCCAGGCCGUACUCUAAUAACGACCAGGCCAGAAGUACAAAGUACUCUCUGCAGACCAUCUCCACGCAGUCACAUCCAGAGACCAACACUGAGCCCAGCUUUCCUAAACCCAUUUACUCCUACAGUAUCUUGAUCUUCAUGGCUUUGCAAAGCAGCAAAACUGGAAGUUUGCCUGUGAGUGAGAUCUACAGCUUCAUGACUGAACACUUCCCUUACUUCAAGACUGCUCCAGAUGGUUGGAAGAACUCAGUGCGUCACAACCUCUCGCUGAACAAAUGCUUCGAGAAGGUGGAGAACAAAAAUGGGAACUCCUCUCGUAAGGGCUGUCUGUGGGCCCUGAACCCAGCCAAGGUGGGAAAGAUGCAGGAGGAGCUGCACAAGUGGCGGCGCAAGGACCCCAUCACUGUUCGCAGGAGCAUGGCCAGGCCAGAGGACCUUGAUCAUCUUGUGGGACCCAGACACGACAAGGUCAGGUCUUUGCCUCCGUACACCAACCCAUCCCUCGUCUCCAGAAUGACCCUGUGUCACAGCACCACGCCCUCACCCUGCGGCCCAGCCCUGCUCCGACCACAUCAACAGCCCAUUCCGUGUUCAGGUUAUCUGCAGCUGCUGCCUCAGCCGCCCUGCCACAUCCCCCCUGCCACGGCCCACCCUAACGCCACAUUUGCGCUGCGCCCCCCCUGUGGGCUGCCACCCACAGCUGGUGUACCGUCAACUGCUGGACAUCUCAACUCACCCACAGCUGGGAAGAUGCCCCCAGGUUAUGAUUCUGUUCUGCAGACGGAGUGCGGCAUCAGAAACAUGCAGGACCUGCUGCUGGAGGGGGACGUGACAUAUGACCUGGAUGGAUUUACCCCUAGUCUGACUGACCUGCAGCUGCAAGGUAACAUAUGGGAGGAGAUGAGGGAGGACGUCCUGGUGUCUGAUCCACAAGUUUCCACUACAACCCUGUGCGGCUCCUCCGUCCUGCCGGACCCCCGCUCCCAUAACAGCAGCAACCUGGUGGUGCGUCAGACGUCAGAAGAAACCACCGUGAGUGCAUGUAAAACAGAGAAAGAGGACGAGGACGCCGUCUGUGGACAAAAUUUAGCAGAGGACGGCUGUGUGAAUGGACUGCAUCCGGUGGCCUACUCAGGGGUGGAGAACAUAGCUGGUUAUCUGACCUCUUGCACCACUUUUAUCUCUUUAAUGUAAAACCCACGAACGUGACGUAGCAGCAGGUGAAUGCAGUAUGAAUACAAGCGUAUUGUGUCAAAGUAUUAGUGUGGUGGCUUAUUUAACCACAGGCAGCCUACGCUGCUCUCAUCAUCUAAAUAACAUUAUUAACAAUUUACACCUCCACUACAGCGGUUUAACAACGUACCCAGUGGCCAAUUCAUUAAGGCUGGUAUUUCAUUGCGUUACAUUCACAGAUGUUUGCAAUAACAAGCAGCUGUGCUUAAGAAUUUUGACCUUUUUCUCUUUUACACGUUGUGAUUUUUAUUUAUUUUAAGUUCCUUUUAGCUGUAACGUUCUCCAUUUUUUUAAGGUUGUCAAUACAAUGUCGGCAUUAUACACAUGUAUGUAUGCAAUCCCUUUCCCAAUGAUUUAAAAUAUAUGAUUGUUGACCAUAGAUUUCCACGAUUUUGUGUUGUUCAUGUUUUUAUUUUGGCAAACAUAAACCCAGAGAACAAACCGAGAACUGUUCCAUGUGUUGUUUUACCUUCAUCUUGUAACGUGAGAUGAGAUAUAAUACUCAUUUGUGAAGUGAUGUCACUGCUGUGUCGGCGUCAUUGGUGGCAUCAGUGCAGUAAGAGCAUUCUUCCAGGAAAUGGCAGCAGAGACAGCUUAAGCCUUGACGUUUUUGAAGCGAAAGAAAUAAAAGAAAAAGGCAGGAAAAUUACGAACGCAUUGUUCGAGUUUACAGAUUUAGUUGUGUAUUUUGUUAAAUAUGAAACAUAAUAUCGUGGAUGGCAAUCGAUAUCGUCACAAAGACUUCUUUUUUCUCUUUAUUGUUGUUUGUUUUGUUCUUUCUAUUUCUUUCUUUCUUUCUUGUUUAAAAUGUUCAAAAAGGAGUGCAAAUUAUGAUGCUAUAAAUGUCUUAAAAUGUUUAAAUUGUUUCAUGGCUUACUAGUUGUUGCAGAAUCUUUGCAGUUUCCUGUAGCUCUCUCUCUCUCUCAGCAAGCAAAGAAAAACAUUCAGCAGAUCUACUCAGCUAAUCUAAGGUUAAUUUAUCUACUUACAUGGCAGCACAAAGACAAACCACUUUGUGGUCUGUGAUAGUAUAAAGUACUCAGGUUUCUAAUGAGAUAUUAAAUAAGAACUCUGCCAAUAUCUUCACAAUAUUCAAUGGUUUGUUAGUAUCUUUUGCUGUCCUGCACUUGGAAACAUUGUUGUUUUUUUUAAGUGACACGUGAUUGGUGCAGGACCCUUAUCCAGGAAUCGUCUCAUUUUCAGUGUAGCGCUAACAGUCCUGUUCUACAGCAGUACUCCAUGUCAGGUAUUUCAUCUGUCUCUGUCUCUUUAGGACUACCUUCCCAUCCCUGAUGUGUCCACUCAGUAUAUAACUGUGUCUGUCUUUGUCUAGUUCAGUCUGUGUGUUGCUCCCUGUCUGUCUGCUCCAUGACUAAAACAAGACAACAAUUUUGAAAAAAAUCCCACAUUUAUUGCAGUGAUGAUAUUCCAGCUUUUUAAAUCUUUACAUCCUUUUUUUUCUUCUUUUUUUAGAAUUUCACACCAUAAUAAAUUAUACAUAGUGCUCAGUACUACAGAGAACAUACUGAAUAUCAAAGUUGGUGUCUGAUAUUUUGGUUAAAUAGAUCAUUUUUUCUGACAUUUCAAAAUGGCUAUUAAUUUUCAAAAAUACUCCCGAUGUAGUAGUACUAUGCACAUGAAAACAAACAAAUGACAUAUCCACGUGGACGGAGCGUAACAUUCUGAUGUGCGCCACUACAAAAAUCCGAGGAUCCUAAAAAGGUAGUAAUGCAAUGACAUUUUUGAAACAAACUAUAUAUAAAUACACAUCCAAAUGGAUUAGUUCAUAAACUACUUUGGUAGCCUAAAAAUUCUGUUUUAUUUUCUGAUGAUCUGAGCCUUGAAGUCCACAGUAUGUACAGACACUACAUGUGUUUACUGC